UUAUUUCCUCUUUUCUGUUGCAUUUUCCUUCCUAGCACUCCCACUAGAGUGGAGACACCUGAUGUUAUUGACCUUCGUAAGCAGCAGAGGAAGGAACCUAAAAAGCCUCUUUAUCAAGUACUUGAAGAGAAGAAGGAAAAAAUUGCUCCAGGAACUUUGCUUGGAACUACACACACUUAUGUGGUUAACACUGGCACCCAGGACAAGUCAGGGGCUAAAAGGAUUGAUUUACUUAGAGGACAAAAGUUAUAUAAAGUAGAUGUCACUUUACUGCCACAAGAGUUGGAUGCCAUGGAAAAUGUUUUACCCGCGAAGUAUGAAGAAGCAAGGGAGGAAAAGAAGUUACGAAAUCAGUGUGAGGAUUCUAGUGACAUGGUGGCAAAGGCUCGAAGGGAAAAGAUUAGUGAAAGGAUGAAAAUUCUUCAAGAUUUGGUCCCUGGUUUUAAUAAGGUUGUAGGAGCUGCCAUCAUCUUUGAGGUGCAAAGAAGUUCAAGAUCAGAAGCAAGAAAAGAAGAAUUACGUAGACGGGAGAUACAUGUUGUCUUCUUGCCUUUCUCUGUCAUAGAUUAUAUGUUUUGAGGGUAACUUGUGGGUUGAAGCAAAGUUGGUCUUCUUGUAAUUCAUUUAUUGUCUUCUUAGGCAUUUUUAUGAGCUUUGCACCAUAAUUGUUUAAUUCCUAUGAGUACUGUGUAAUUAAAUGAUUUUAUAAUUGUUU